UGAUUUGUAUACUGCCAGUUUAAGGUUAUGUGUCGUAUUGGUUAGUUUGUUACCGCUCCUAUUCAUAGGCCACUAUUCAUCAAUGGAAUUGCCCUCAGUGUAGCAGAGCAAGUAAAACAAUUUUACCAAAAUUUGUUGAACUAUGUGAUAUCCCUGUCUCAUUCUUACACAGCAUUUACAUACGCAAAUAAGACAUUCGUUAGUCCCUACAGAAUCAUUCCAUUACAUCUUCCCCUUGUUAUUGUGGUGUCUCUCUCCGAGUAUUGCCAUUAUUUCAGACAGUUCGCAGAUCACAUCCUCUCAUUUAACAUUUAGUGACAUGGCUGCUCUACCAAGGAGAAUCAUUAAAGAAACUCAACGUUUGCUGCAAGAACCAGUGCCAGGCAUAAGUGCCAUCCCAGAUGAGAGCAACGCCAGGUAUUUUCAUGUUAUCGUAACUGGACCAGAGGACUCACCAUUUGAAGGAGGCUCUUUCAAACUUGAACUGUUUCUCCCAGAAGACUAUCCAAUGUCAGCCCCUAAAGUAAGAUUCAUUACUAAAAUUUAUCACCCGAACAUUGAUCGCCUUGGCAGAAUAUGUUUAGACAUUCUAAAAGAUAAAUGGAGUCCUGCACUUCAAAUACGCACCGUUUUAUUAUCAAUUCAAGCACUUUUAAGUGCCCCUAAUCCUGACGAUCCUUUAGCAAAUGAUGUUGCUGAAUUAUGGAAGGUUAACGAGAGCGAGGCAAUAAAGAAUGCGAAAGAAUGGACCCGCAAGUACGCCGUGGAAAAUUAAAUUGGCUAAAUAGCAAUGUAUCAGCUGGCAUUGUUUGUAAUGAACACUAAGCCUGCUACAUUCUAAAUGGAUAUUUUUUAUUUUGUAAAUAGAAACGCUUUUGUUAUCAUGUAAAAUUUAGCUAACAAAGAUUCAAAUAAUUUCUCGUGACCCAGUUAGUAGCAGAGGCCUUUCUCAAACCCUUCUCAUUCCUUUUUACUGCCAGCUCUUGUCAUCUCAUGGAGGGAUCUGGAUGAAUAAAUGUUCAGUAAGAGCAACUGUUUAUUAUGAGCUGUAGGUGCAAGACCAACUGUACAGAGUUAGGUAGUUAAAUUUUAGAACAUAGUGAGUAUAAGAUACGACUCCUUCAUACUUUUCCCCCCUCUCUUUCUCCCUCUCUCUCUCCUCCCCCUUUCUCUCUCUUUCUCCCUCCCUCUCUUUUUUCUGAUUCAAAACUGAAACAUGUAUUAGAACAGCAGAAACUAGUUUCUCAAUCUGACCAGUAAUAAAACGUUAACCUCCCAGACAAUCGUAUGUGCAGUAUUAACAUCAAAUUGUAUCAUUCUCGUUUGGUGUUAGUGCAAUGUGCACUAAUUUGGACUCACAAAGUUCAGAUAGAGUUUAAGCUUGUGGCUUUAUGAAUUGAAAUUUUUUCUGUCUUGCUUUCCCUGGCUACAACUGGGGAAAGAAAAGAAUAGACCAAUGUCACAUACAAAAAUUGCACGAUGUAACAGAGCUACAUGCUAACCAAUGGGCCAACUGAUGAUUUAUGCAUUCAGACUGAUGUGACUUUUGUCUAGGUAUUCUUUUCUUUCCCUAGUUCCAAGGUUCCAUUCCAAUUCCAGUCACUUAAGUUCAUUUAUCAUGUUAUCAGGAGCUCAUUCCAAUAUAAUAGUUGUGUUUGUGUACAUUGCAUAUACACUCCCAACAAAGAAAUUGAUGCUACCCCAAAUAUUUCUCUUGUAAUGAGGCUAAUUGCUCUGGACAAAAUUCUGUCACCAAGUGUCUUCCAAGAUUUUCUCACUCAAUUUUUUGUGCUCAAUGCUACCAUUAUAAUGCUACCACUAUUAAUUGAGUAUUUCCUUUAAUCUUUUUGUCCAUAUUUCAUAAGACUUACAAUUUGAUCUUGUAGUACACCUAUUUCAGUGACUUGGUAGCUACAGAAGACGGGGAGCAAGAAAAUUCCAAUUGUUUGUUUUAUUAUAAAAUUUUAAAAGUUAAAUUUUCAUCUAAGGGCAUGAGAGAUGCCUACUCUUGUCUGAAGCCGGGGUCAAAUUCCAAAUUACCUUCGCCAUCAAAAUCUUGGGGACCUACUUUUUCAUUCAGUGGAGCAUUCCUACGAUAAGUCUAUAGAGUCUGAUGCAGUCAUUUACAAUAAAAAUGUUUCACGGUUUUAAACCAAUCAUGAUGUACUAAUUAACACCUCGGCAAAUUCAGAUGAAACUGCAGCAACGCUUAAAAACUGAUGAUGUUUAUGUAUCAUGUGUUAGUGGCCAAGGGAGAUGAAGAUUCCAAUUUUUCAAGGAGAAUAUUAUUACAACAAAGAGUAAUUUUUUUUGCUAAUAUUUUUACUGCUUACCUAAAGGCUUGGUCUUUAUUUUUGUGUACUCACAGAGAUAGAAGUUUUUUCUUUCUUCCUUUCUUUUCUUUGAUUUUUGCAGUACACGAACGGAAAGGUACAUCAGUUUUAUCCAGAGUCUUUCUCUUUUGUUUUCUGAUUUUCAACCAAUUCCUAAAUGAGGAGACCAAGGAGGCUCCUAUUUAGCUUGGGUAUUCUAAAAUUAUCAUCGUCCAUCAAUGAAAUAUAAUCAAUAUGUAUGAUGUAAAUGUUUUGGCUGAAAUAAAAUGAAUAAAUCAUAUAAAA